AUGAAUCAACGAGAGAACAAUGGCGAACAUCAGCCAGAAUCUGAGGGUGCGAUGACUUUUGACAUGAUGAUGGAUGGAAUAAGACCGAUAAUCAACGAGCAAAAUACUUAUCCAUUUAAGAGAUGUAUCCAUCGCAAUCUCUUGCUUCUUGGCAGAACUCGAACAGGAAAAUCAACUAUAUCCGAGGUCAUCAGCGAUCCAGCUUGUGUGGCCAAAGACGCAAAACUCUUUUCAGAGACCCGAAAGAUCACUCUGAAUCGUGUUGCGGCUAAUCACCGCGAACAAACUUGCUAUUUCAAUAUUAUCGACUCACCCGGUUUAUACGAUAAUACAAUAGAACAAAAGGAACAUUUAACCAACGAAAAAAUUCGGCAAUACAUCAAUGAAUGCAUUACAAAAGAUGUUACUGAUAUUCAUGCAUUCGGAUUCGUUUUCAGUGCAAAUGGUGGAAUUAAUUCCGAAGAUAUCAAGUCAAUGAUAUUUGUCAAAGAAAAAUAUCCCGAAUUAAAAAACUCAAUAGAAAAAGAAAAGAAAAGAGUAGAUAGUUAA